AUGGCAAAUCUUCCGGCUCUCCAGCGAGCCACAACCAACUCUGAGCCGAGAUCCUCAAACGACAAUGUGUAUAUGAUGCAGCCCCGUAUCAAUUUAAGACGAGACUUGGUUCCCCCCGAGAACCCAGUCCCUCGCGCAGUUUGGAAUGUUUUUAGACGCAAAGAAUCCUGCCAUGAGGGCUCAGAUUACAACACCUGUGAAAAAGGAGUUAACACCAAUGUUACAAACAUUGCCAUCAUCCUUGGUGUUGUUAUCCCCGUUGUCGUUGCAACUAUUGUCCUCAUCUUUCUACAUCGCCGAAAUGUUCGCAAACUACGACAAGAGGAUGCCCAAGAUCCUACUAAAGGACUUGAUUUUGGCAUGGGUGAUGCCCCUACCAAAGGUGGCAAGCGGAAGAGCUUGUUUGGAAUCGGGGGAGAGAAGAUGAACCACAAAGGCAACCAAUUGUCAAUGGAUAUGAAUCUCUCGUCACCGUAUCUAUUGCCACCAAACAUUCACCAAUCCCACGAUUCCGUUCAUUCCCUGGCCCGAACCUUUCCAAGCGACCAAGACCCAUAUCGUACCGUCGCCCAGUACGCCAACAGCGAUGCCGGCUCUAUCAGGUCUUUCAACCCCAACGGAAGCAAGCGUGGCUCCAUGGUUCACAGCCCCUCCUUCCCUACUCCUAGAAUGCCUCCAUCUCGCUCCGAUUCAAUGCCCAAGGCACCACCAUCUCCUGGCGCCAAAUCGGAUCCUUUCGCUACGCCUACUGCCCCGGAGCAUACGCAUGAGUUCCCCCUACCUGGAGAUAUGAAGGAGCCCAUCCGCCCUAUUGAGCCAGUUGUUCCUGAAAUUGGCACCAUAGCUUAUCCCGAUGAAAAGAUGGGUGGUUUGGAGAUGCCCACGAUUCAGUCACCACCUCCGGCAUUGUCUAGAGACUCGCACUAUGAACUGCCAAGCCCGCCUUUUGAACAUGACAAGCCAAUGCUGGCAGAGCUUCCCGCCGUUUCUGACAAAGGCCCGAUUGGAACAGCUCAUUCAGGAGCCCACGGAUUUGACUUCCAGAAUGAACCUGCUGGACAUCAACCUGGCCUUGGGCUUGAUAUGGAUUUGCCCAAGAUUCAAUCGCCAGAUAUGCCUUAUGCUGCUGAUGUUGCUCCUGGCCAAGCCUUGUCCCACGAUGAGUAUGGUCAUCCCGAAAUCCGCACGUCGCAGUACUACGAAGGGGAUCCCUAUGACGGCCAAGUUCCUGUUGAUGCCCAGGUGCACUCUCAUGAUGCUCUCGGCGUUCCCCAACAGCAAAUGAAACGACUUUCAGUCGGAUUCCGUCCUCUCCCACCUGAUGAAGUGAUGGAAUCUGAAGACCCCGAGUAUAGAGCCAACCGUAUUCGAUCAUUUUACAAGGAAUACUUUGAUGACAGGGAACCCGCUCCUCCAAUGCCAGGUACAGAAUACUAUGAAGACUACGAUGCCGGGUAUCUUGGAGAUGCCGCCUAUUACGAUGCAGACACCAAUGCCUUCGUUAUGCCCUAUGCUCAGCCAGUUACUCGUCGUGCCAUGACACCACCGCCAGCUGGACGUUUCCGAGGCGGUCCAGGAGGACCAGGUUUACGCGGUGGUCCUCGUGGCCCGGCCCGUGGCCCUCAUGGUUCUAUCGGUGGCAUGAGUCUUCCCGGAGGGCCAAGACGACCUCGUGCUGGCUCUGCGUUUAGCCCGAGACCUGGUUCAUCGGCCUCUGCCCAAAUGCGAGGACGCCCCAAGAAGAAUCUACCUCCUCCGACUGUUCUUCACACCCUGCCAACCCCCUCAAAACUCAAGGAUGACAACUUUGCAAUUUUCAACGCCGCCGAUUUUGCCCCUCCUGACUCAUUCGAGGAACGGGUCGCGGGCCGCAGUCAAAGCCCUCUUGGUGAAAGACGUGCGUACCAGCCUAAGGUGCCGGUCGCGUCGCCCUUGGUCACUGCCUUUGACGAACUGUCUGCUCUACCGAGCCCUCAUAUGCUCCGGAAGUCUUCAACAUUCACUGGUCUGGACUUUGCCCCGCCAAAGAAGUUCAAGGAUUCGGACACAGCGAGUGAUGCUGGAAGCAUCAGGAGCAACAGAAGUGGUAUCUCUGCAGCCCAGCUACAUGCUAUCCGUGGUGGAGCUGGACGUAUAAGUCGACUCCCAGGCGACACUGUUUUUACAACAGCCGCUUUGGAAGAUACCCUGAAGCCUCAAUGGGGCAUGCGACCUUGA